UCUGAGUUGAAACCGUGCGCUGGCCGAUGGCUGACAGAAGACAAAACUGAGACUGCUAUGUAUUCAAAUUUCAUCCUUUUCUUCUUAUUCUUCUGAUAGAAACCAUAUUGAUUGGAUUGCUUAACUGCAUUCCUCCUCCCCUUUAAAUAGUUUGAGCUGAAAUCACUCACUACCCAUUAAUCCAUCCUUUUUCUCUGUUUCUCUCUGCCUCGAUCGGUAGUCUAACAACAAUGGCAACGCCAGAGGAAUACAAAGAAGCUCUGGAGCUCAUUCGGCAGCACCUGCUGGAAGACAAUUUCUCCUCCACCGACACCGACAUCUUCAUCACCAAUCUGAACUCCAAAAUAUCCUCCGCCUCCCACGAUUUGCUGCUUCCCCUGCCCGUAAAACUGGAACAAGAAGAAUCUGGAUCCCCUGUUCGGGGCUCCGACUCCAAUUCCCCCGAAUCCGACCCGGACCGGGACUCGCCCAAGUCUGCCGCUUCGGGUUCCAGCAGUGGGUCGUCGUCACAGAGGAGGCAGGUGGAAGAAAACGGGAGGGAUAAUUUCAGGGGCGUGAGGAAGAGGCCGUGGGGUAAAUUCGCGGCGGAGAUCCGCGACCCGACCCAGAAGGGCAGCCGGGUGUGGCUGGGGACUUUCGACAGCGACGUGGAUGCCGCGAAAGCGUAUGACUUCGCCGCUUUUCGAAUGAGGGGCAGGAAAGCGAUCCUGAAUUUCCCGUUGGAAGCAGGGAAGUCCGACGCGCCGGCCUGCACUGCCCGGCGACGGAGGAGGAUGAAGAUGAAGAAAACGGAGUGGGAAGGCGACCUAGAUGUGGGCCCUGGGCUUGGGCCUGUGAUUUUAGAGUAAACCCUUAGGGUCCAGCAGCCGGGGCCCACUUAGAGAUAUAGGUGGCAGGGAGUCUAGUUAUUGCAUAGAUUGUAGAUUAAGUUAAUCAAUGAAUCUUGUAAUUGUACGGGUUGUUUGGAUGCAGUAUUUUGAUGAGAUAAUCAAAAUAACUUGUUUGGCAAAAAUAAAGUAGAAUGUGGUAUUUUGUCUAUGAGUCAAUUGAAAUAACUCAUUGUGAGUUAUUUGAAAUACCUAUCCACCCCUAGUUAUUUCAAAUACCUCAUCUCAUAACUUCUUUUUCCACUUCAUCUCUUCUUUAAGUGGUGAAAUACCACAAUAUUUGAAUAUUUUAUCCAAACAAGACAAUUACACUAAUUACCACAUUUCGAAAUGAAAUACCACAUGAAAUGCCACAUAGCAAAAUAAUGCAUCAUUUGGAUACGAAAUACCAUAGAACCAAAAUGAUGGAUCCAAACGACCCGGUAGUGAAGAAGGGAAUGGUAUUGGUAGUAUUAGAAGGGAGGGGUCUAAAGUUGGAGGAUUGUAACAUUACGAAGUAAUUAAUGUCAGUGAACUAUUUAUUUAUUUAUUUACUAUAGUACUAAUAAGUACAAGCUCUAUAUAUCGAGCUAAUGCCAUGUUUGGUCAUUGGGUUUACUAAAAUGUAUCAUGUUUAGUCACUAAAAAAAUUAAUAUCAAUAAUGAUCAUUAAGUUCA